ACGUUGACUGCUAGAAGCCUCUCAUUUUCUUCCUCUUAGCGGUACCCUGCCCAACCCUCGCUCUUUUUUCUCCCAAGCUUCGCUGGCAUCUGCUGGCCCCCACGCUCACUGUACCUCACCUUCGUUUUAUUUCGUAUCAUGCCACACGCUGCGUCUCUAGCAGCUGCCCUCCUUACUUUUGUCUUACCUCUUGUUUAUGCCGCCACUUCCGACCAAUGGCGAGGUCGUUCAAUUUAUCAAGUCAUCAUCGACAGAUAUGCUUUGCCCGAAGGUGCUGACCCAAAUCAAUGCCCCCCGGGGGACCGUACGUAUUGCGGUGGGACCUGGAAUUCUCUUCGCCAGAAUCUGGACUACAUACAAGACGCAGGUUUCACUGCAGUCUGGAUUAGUCCUGUUUCCCAAAAUUAUGAAGGCCCAACUACCCCAUACGGAGACCCCUACCAUGGAUACUGGAUUGCGGAUGCUACUAAACUCAACUCUCAUUUUGGAACGUCUGACGAUCUCAAGGCUCUGUCAACUGAACUGCAUCGUCGCGGAAUGUACUUGAUGGUUGAUGUCGUUAUCAACGAUGUAAUGGCCACGUCAAUAACCCCGGAUUUAUCCACGUACAUGUUCAAAGAACAGUCGCAAUACCAUCCAUACUGUGUCAUAGAUUGGAGCAACACCACCAGCGAGGAACAAUGUUGGUUAGGUGACACCGUCGUUCCUCUUCCUGACCUCAACACAGAAGACCCAACUGUUGUUGCCGGCUUCGGUGACUGGAUUCAGGAUUUGGUUCAGGAGUACAAAAUUGAUGGACUCCGAAUUGAUGCUGCGAAACAUAUUAACAUGGGGUUCUUACCCGUGUUCUGUGGCAAAGCCGGUGUAUUUUGCAUAGGAGAAGUCUUCGGCUCAGAUAUCGACGGCGCAGCUAUAUACCAAGGACCUGAUGCCCUCGACUCAAUUCUGAACUACCCCAUGUACACCGCACUCCUUGAGGCGUUCACCAUUCCUGGGCCACAGAAUACGAGUGCCGUCACAAAUAUGAUUGCGCAGGAGGCAGCAAAGUUCAAGGACCCCACACUUCUCGGGAACUUUAUCGAAAAUCAGGAUAUCUCUCGCUGGGCGAAUCUCUCUACCGAUCCACAAACUUUAUACAACGCCAUGGUAUUCAACUUCAUGACUGAUGGCAUACCCAUUGUGUAUUAUGGCCAAGAGCAGGGCUUUAGCGGGAGUAGCGAUCCUUAUAAUCGCGAGGCGAUGUGGCCUUCGAAAUAUGCCAACACUACAACAUACCAACUUAUAUCCACAUUGAACAAGUUCCGUAACUUCUUGGUUAAUACCACGCAAUGGGCAACCACGCCGACACAGGUGCUCACAACAUCACCAUACGGCAUCGCAACCUUGAAGGGGGAUGCUGUUUCCAUCAUGACCAAUAUUGGAUCACCCCCCCAAAACAUAAGCAUUCCCGUGUAUACCCCGUACCUUGCGAGCACGUCACUCACCAACGUACUGACCUGUCAACAGUGGCCAGUAGGCAGCAACGGUACCAUCGACGCGCAGUAUAGCCUAGGAGGCGUUCCUCUUGUUCUCUACCCAACUGUUCUUCUGCAGAAUUCUGGUUUGUGCGGAAACGCGGGCUCGAUUGCGACAGGUGCGACCAAGUACGCAUCGGGGGCACUGCACACCCAUCGUCCUGUUAUAUCUCUUUUGACUUUGUUGUCGUCUUCUUUGUUGGGUUUUCUGUCGUGUUUUUUGUAAUGGUUUAGUAGGGACGCUAAUGGAUAAAUUCUCGUCGACUGAAAUUUCUCGACUACUCUCGGGAGCU